CUACCGAACAACCGAAAAGGGACCAUCGCACUCGUAAACAAAGGCUUAUCAUCGAUGGUCGUGCAGCCGUCCAUGCUGUUGGUCGUGGCGGCCGUGGCUCUCUGGUCCGCAUGCACGGCGAUGAAGGUGCGGUACGCGUGUCCUGCCAUGGACGUGUGCAUUCCCUGGGGGACGUGCCAAGAGGAAAACCGCUUUCGUCAGUCGCCUACUUCUCCUGGCAUUAGGUACAUGUGCGGGCUGACUGUCGGUAGCGAGGACCAUGUCUGCUGCAACACAACAAAACUGUUGCCUGAAGCCUUCGAGCCGACCUUUGAGCAUUGGUACUAUGCCCAGACCGAAGGCGAAGACGACGCCGCCUUCGCCGUCGUCCCCUGGCCCGGCUUCGGCACGGUCCCUAUCACCCUUGACACGGCGGUGGAACCCGAGCCAGACGGCCCUGACGAGGAGCCGAAUCGCCUCUGCCCGGACAUGAGCUUCUGCGUCCCCGCCGUGCUAUGUCCUCACACGUUCAUCACUUACUCAAUGGUCGAGAUGGCGUUAUUCGGACUGCAGAACGCGAGGUACGAAUGUGGUACUAUUGGCGAGACGGCGACCUUCGCCUGCUGUCAGUCGCAUGUCGUCGUCACAGCCCUGUUCGAAUACGUCAGGAAGUUCGAAGAGGAGUUUAAAGAUAAUUUCAUCAUGGCGAGCGGCGAGAACAGUUUCCUCCAGAUCAUCAGUGAAGAUGAGGAAAGUAAAAAGAGCAGUUUACUUAAUCUCUUCCGCUUCAGAUUAUCCUCGUAUACACGUACGUCCUUUUGUGCUCGUUGCAUUCCUUGCCCAUUAUACUAUAUUACAUUCUAG